CCCUGCCGGCAGCGGGCCGCGGCGCAGCCUGCAAACCCCGGUGGCGAGUGGGGAUGGCGGCGACGGCGGCGACGGCGGGCAGGCUACUUCGGCUCCGCGCGGCCGGGGCCGAGGGACACUGGCGUCGGCUGCGUGGCGCGGGGCUGCCGCGGGGCUUCCUGCAGCCCGCCUCGGCCGACGGGGAUGCGGCCCAGAGGCGGCAGGUGGCUCACUUCACUUUCCAGCCUGACCCGGAGCCCCUGGAGUACGGGCAAACUCAGAAAAUGAAUCUCUUCCAGGCAGUAACAAGUGCCUUAGACAACUCAUUGGCCAAAGAUCCUACUGCAGUAAUAUUUGGUGAAGAUGUUGCCUUUGGUGGAGUCUUUAGAUGUACUGUUGGCUUGCGAGACAAGUAUGGAUUAAUUAAUCAGACUGUCCAGAGUGAUGCAGGUCCAAGGAUGGCCUUGGCCAACCUGUGGGAUGUCUGGAGUCGUAAUGACCCUUUUGAGUUGUCCGUAGAGAUGUGGAUUCCACAGGUGGCAGCUGGAAUCUGUGUUCAUCUUCUACCAGUGAAUUGUUCUUGGUCUAAUGGAAGUGUAGAUCUUCAGCAGUUAUCAAGCUACUUGCAGUCAGAUAGGAAACUGAUGAGGGAUGUAGGUCACAAUUUCAGAAGACAGUCCCAGACCAUGAUGACAAACUGCAGGAUGUGUCUAGUUGGCAUUUCCCAGCACUCACCCCAUUUGCGGUUCAUGGUCAAAGGAAUGAUUGAGCUGAAAGUGACUUCUGUGCAACAGGAAGAACUGGUGGUUAUACCCAGAAGCCCUUUCCAGGCCAAGGGACUUCUUUUGUCAUGCAUAGAGGAUAAAAAUCCUUGUAUAUUUUUUGAACCUAAAAUACUUUACAGGGCAGCAGUGGAACAGGUUCCCACAGAACCAUACAACAUCCCCCUGUCCCAGGCCGAAGUCAUCCAAGAAGGGAGUGAUGUCACUCUAGUUGCCUGGGGCACUCAGGUUCAUGUGAUCCGAGAGGUGGCUUCCAUGGCUCAAGAGAAGCUUGGAGUGUCUUGUGAGGUCAUUGAUCUGAGGACUAUAAUACCUUGGGAUGUGGAUACAGUUUGCAAGUCUGUGAUCAAAACAGGGCGACUGCUAGUUAGUCACGAGGCUCCCUUGACGGGCGGCUUUGCCUCUGAGAUCAGCUCGACGGUUCAGGAAGAAUGUUUCCUGAACCUGGAGGCUCCUAUAUCAAGGGUAUGUGGAUACGACACGCCGUUCCCUCACAUUUUUGAGCCGUUCUACAUCCCAGACAAAUGGAAGUGCUAUGACGCCCUUCGGAAAAUGAUCAACUAUUGAUUACAG